AUGACCCGGUUUGACAGAAUCAGCCAAAACAGCGGCAGCGCGCUGAUGCACGCCCUGGUCUUUGGAAACGUGACGGCCAUUAUUCAGAGAAUGUACUCACGCUGGUCACAGUACCACACGAGGACCAAGGAUCUGAAGGACUUCAUCCGGGUGCACCAUCUGCCUCAGAGCCUGAAGCAGCGUAUGCUAGAGUACUUCCAGACCACCUGGUCUGUCAACAAUGGCAUUGACUGUAACCAGCUGCUGAAAGACUUCCCUGAUGAACUGCGUUCUGACAUCACCAUGCACCUCAAUAAGGAGAUACUGGAGCUGUCUCUGUUUGCGUCGGCCAGCCGGGGAUGUCUGCGCUCUCUGUCUCUGCACAUCAAAACCACCUUCUGUGCGCCGGGCGAGUUCCUACUGCGAGAGGGGGAUGCCCUGCAGGCCAUCUUCUUUGUGUGCUCAGGGUCCAUGGAGGUGCUGAAGGAGGGCAUGGUGCUGGCCAUCCUGGACUCAAACCUCCGCGUGCUCAGUGCCAAAGAGCACCAGCUCCCGGUCAGCUCCAUGGACGCUGGAGCAGAGAGCCCACCUGUGGAGGCCAAGUAG